UUAUCUUGCGUAGUUGGGAACCCAGGGGCCUUUCUCUCAUAUUCUGGUAAAGCUAAUACUCAGUACAACAAGCUGCCUGUCCAUUAGAAGUCUGAUUGCAAGUUCGAGAUUUACCUGCGUCAGUCUUGUGGUAUCCUCUGAGAAUGGACGACAGACUUCAAAAGAUCAAUACGGCCCUGCAGGAAGCAGUAGACGCCUUUGAAGGGCCGCUGAACGACGCUCGGCUCUCCACCCUUCAGACUACUGACACACUGCCUAAUGCGCAAAUAUGGAACCUCGCCUCGCAAACAAUCGAUCUCGCAGACAGACUGCUGCGUCUUCUUCAGCCCCCGGCCUUGCAGUUGGCGGAAGGCUAUCUCGCAUAUAUUGACACCAAAUGUCUCUGUGCGGCCGUUGAGAACUCGAUCCCAGACCUUCUCGCGUCAGGACCCCUGACAGUCGACGAGAUAGCGUCCCGCACCUCACUGCAGCCGCUCCGUCUGAAGCAAAUAAUGCGCGUGCUGCACAACAACGCCAUCUUCGCCUACGCGGACUCGACGCAGACCUACAGCAACAACCCCGCCUCCACACUUCUGCGACGCGAUCAUUGGACGCAAUGGCACCGGUGGGUUCCCCUCUACGGCUCCGUCUUCUACGACUUCGCAUCGAGCAUCCCCUCCGCCAUCCGUGCCGGUGAGUCCCGCACCGCAGCGCAAAUCGCGUGCGGGACCGAGAAAAACAUCUUCAGCUACUUUGCCGAGCAAGAAGGCAUGCAGGCGAAAUUCCACGCGGCGCUGGGAGCCGGCGCCGUGGCACAGGCGCCCGGCCUGCUGGCCAACUACGCCUGGCAUGAACUAGGCGAUGCCACGGUGCUCGAAGUUGGUGGCGGCGGUGGUGACUUCAUCACUGCGCUGCUACGAAGCAACCCCAUGCUGCACGGCGCUCUCUUCGAGCUGGAGUCGGUCGUUGACAUGGUGAGACCCAAGUUCCGCGACCCCAAGGGUGAAUUUGCGGAUGUAGGCGCCCGCAUGGUCGACCUGCAUGUGGGCGACUUCUUGAAAGAGGUGCCAACCUAUGAGGUGUAUACCAUGAAAUGGUGUCUGCAUAACUGGUCGGACGCUGACGUAGUGCGCAUCCUGCAAGUGGUGCGGAGGGCUAUCCAGGUUACACAGCGAGCGCGCAUGGUGAUCCUCGAGGCGGUUCUUGCUGAUGGGAGGAGCUCGCGCGUUUGGCGGUAUGGUGAUGUAACGAUGAUGGCGACGGUUAAUGGCCAGGAGCGCACAGAGGUCGAAUGGCGCGCUCUUGCAAGCAAGGCUGGUUGGCGAGUGGAGAGCAUCACGGCGUUGAGGAAUGUGUGGGCUGCUGCUAUUGAUCUUCGACCCAUUUGAGAGUUUCACUAAGAAACCCUGUGUGGUUUCACUUACCCCUUACGUCUUUGGCCCUUCAAUCGUCGUUCUUCAAGGCCAAAAUUUUUUCCUGCCUGCCUCUCAGCUGGGGUGUGUAGGCUCGGAUACCGAGGAAAUCAUUGUGAGAGAUGUUACUGGCCGAUCAGAUUAAAUCGCA